UUUGUAGACGUCAUGACGCACGUACCACGUACUACGUAUUACGUACUGAACGCACGCUGAGGUCCUGAAGCGCCGUUGGAACUUCGUGAAGGGCCGACAAAUACGUGGUUGCAUCGACCCGAAAUGUAUCGUCCCAAACCGACUCUGAAAGACCGACAGCACCUGUACAAACUCAUCAUCAGCCAGCUGCUCUACGAUGGAUACACUAACAUCGCCAACAGCCUCAUCAACGAGGUCAAGCCUCCGAACGUGGUGUCUCCCUCUGAACAGCUCAUGCAGCUGGCAAAGAUAGGCAUGGAGAACGAUGACAGCGCUGUGCAGUACGCCAUCGGCCGCUCGGACACGGUGGCGCCCGGCGUGGGCAUCGACCUGGAGUUCGACGCAGACGUCCAGACCAUGUCCCCCGAGGCGUCCGAGUACGAGACCUGCUACGUGACGUCCCAUAAGGGCCCCUGCCGCGUGGCCACCUACAGCCGCGACGGCCAGCUCAUCGCCACCGGCUCAGCGGACGCCUCCAUCAAGAUCCUGGACACCGAACGGAUGCUUGCCAAGAGCGCCAUGCCCAUUGAGGUGAUGAUGAACGAAACGGCGCAGCAAAACAUGGAGAACCACCCGGUGAUCCGGACGCUGUACGACCACGUGGAUGAAGUCACCUGCCUGGCCUUCCAUCCCACCGAACAGAUCCUGGCCUCCGGCUCCAGAGACUACACCCUCAAACUUUUCGACUACUCAAAGCCGUCUGCGAAAAGAGCCUUUAAAUACAUACAGGAAGCUGAAAUGCUGCGCUCCAUCUCCUUCCACCCGUCGGGGGACUUCCUGCUGGUGGGCACGCAGCACCCCACGCUGCGCCUCUACGACGUCAACACCUUCCAGUGCUUCGUGUCGUGCAACCCGCUGGACCAGCACACGGACACCAUCAGCGGCGUGAGCUACAACCCCACGGCCAACAGCUACGCCACCUGCAGCAAGGACGGCAGCAUCAAGCUGUGGGACGGCGUGUCCAACCGCUGCGUCAGCACCUUCGACAAGGCGCACGACGGCGCCGAGGUCUGCUCCGCCAUCUUCUCUAAGAAUUCCAAGUACAUCCUGUCCAGCGGGAAGGACUCCGUGGUCAAACUUUGGGAGAUCUCCACAGGGCGAACGCUAGUCAAGUACACAGGGGCGGGGCUUAGCGGGCGUCAGAUGCACCGCACGCAGGGCGUGUUCAACCACACGGAGGACUACGUGCUGCUGCCGGACGAGCGCACCAUCAGCCUGUGCUGCUGGGACUCGCGCACGGCCGAGCGCAAGAACCUGCUGUCGCUGGGCCACAACAACAUCGUGCGCUGCAUCGUGCACUCGCCCACCAACCCCGGCUUCAUGACCUGCAGCGACGACUUCAGGGCGCGCUUCUGGUACCGCCGCACCACCACCGACUGACCCCCCCCCACGGGCCGAAACCCGCCAUCACCUCAGCCGGACCCUCGCUCUAUUUGACUGUGUGUGUGAACCUGUGGAUUUGUUUUUUUUUCUGAAAAUAUCAAUGACAGUUUUGACUAAAACCGGAAAAGGAAAAGAAUCCGUCGCCGUCUCUUUAAAUGUCCCGACACAAAUUCCGACCCGUUAUAAGAAGUUGUGAUACAUUUUACUCAGUCUUUCCCACUUUUGUAUUUUGUCCGUGUCUUUUCCAUAUUUUUUAAUAAAGACUGAAAAAGC